AUGACUAGCGUUCCUUAUCGCUUUCUAGUGGCCACCUAUACCGAUUCCAUCUAUACCUUGGAGUUCGACCCGACCCAAUCGCCGCCAAAGCUCGUCCAAACCUCCUCAGUCCGGAUCGGACACCACCCCUCUUGGAUAACCCAACAUCCGACUGACCCGUCUAUCGUAUUCACCGCUGCGGAGGAAGUCCAUGGGAGAGUCUACGCGUUGUCAGUCAAUCUCGAGGGAAAGGCUGAAGUAGUGGCGACAGUUGCAAGCGAGGGCGCCGACCCAUGCACGCUCGUCGCCUCAGAAGAAGAGCUGUUUGUCGGAAAUUACUCGUCUGGCACUGUUUCAGUUUUCCCUAUUUCUACACAGGACCCAUAUAUCUCUCCUCCGUCCACCCGCCAUCAACUCACAGGCAAGGGUCCACAGGCGGACCGUCAGGAAUCAUCGCAUCCGCAUCAGGUGGCGCUGCACGAUGACGAAUUGCUCGUCCCCGACCUCGGCUCGGACAAAACCUGGCGGUUUGCCAAGAACGCGGAGGGUACAUGGACACCAGUAGCCCAUAUACCGUAUGAAGCAGGAGGUGGCCCCAGACAUGUAGUAAUACAUGAUGGCGUGAUAUACACGCUGCUCGAGCUCAGCAAUACCGUAACGGCGCAUACUCUCCCCUCGCUCUCCAGCAACGAAACCCCUCGCCUCCUCGCAAGUGCGUUCACGCUCUCCAACCCUCCUCCUCGGCCUCAGCUUUCCGUUACGGAGUCGACUCCCGAAGUGUUAUCUGUGAAUGAUAACACUCCUGCCGAGCGUGAGGACCUGCCGAGGCUAGCUGCCGAAAUUCUCCUGCCCCCACCCAAUGCCACGUUCCCGGAUCCUUACGUAUACGUGUCGAACCGCAACGACCCGCACCCUGAAGGCGACAUCGUAUCGAUCUUCAAGCCGCUUAACAAGUCCGAUGUCGCGUCACACGAUGAGUCCAGCAAGUUGGAGCUCAUCGCAGAGAUUCGCAGUGGUCUCGCGCACCUGCGUGGCAUGAUCUUCUUCGGUCCGGAUGACAAGUACCUGAUCGCAGGUGGGGCAAAUGGAGGCGGAGUCAAAAUCUUCGAACGCGUCGGUGGUGGUCGUGAAUUGCACGAGAUCGUUACACUACAGGAUAUAAAAGCUCCGACUGGGUUUCUGCGCUUGGCGGUAUGA